AUGGGCCUCUCGCCUAUGUACAUCUGUCUUCUGGUGAGCGGUUUCUUCCUGGCCUGCUCUGCAAUGAGGUGUUAUGCGCUGCUAGUGCUCGUAUCCGCCUUCGGUUCUGCUGCCGUAAUCCAUUCAGCCGGCCCACAACGAGCCCUCAAAUGGGCAUUUUCCUUUCAGAUGAGCUGGCAGACGCUUUGCCACAUGGGGCUGCAUUAUAAAGAAUAUUACCAGCAAGAAGCCGCGUGCAUCAGAUUCUCCAUGGCUCUUUCUACCCUCAUGCUGAUGACGCAGAGGGUCACCUCCCUAGCUCUGGACGUCCAGGAAAGAAAAGGGAGGAUGGGGGCACCAAAGACCUCCAAGGGGGGUCCUCUGAGGAGGUACCUGCUGCGAACAUUGCCGUUUUACAGUUAUCUGCUCUCUUUCCCCACCUUGCUGGGAGGCCCCCUGUGCUCUUUCCACAGGUUUCAGGCAUGGGUAACGAAUCCUGGCGUCCUACACCCCACACAUCUCCUCUGGGCUGCCACGCGGACAGGCUUGGGUGCUCUGCUUCUGGCCCUCUUGAAAAACAUUGUGAGGGGAUAUGCUCGCCCUCCGGACGGCCUGAUGACUUGCUCCGACUUUGGCUGCAUCCCCGCGCUGUGGACCUCCGCCCUGUUCUUCAGGCUGGCCUAUUACUCUCACUGGAUGCUCGACGAGAGUGUCUUCAUCGCCGCCGGUCUGGGGCUGGAACUCGGUCGUGACCGAUACGCCGGGACCACCAACGGAGUUCUCCUAGACACGGAUAUCUGGACCCUGGAAACGACCAACCGGAUCUCUGUCUUUACCCGAUCAUGGAACAAGAGCACGGCUCAGUGGCUCAGGAGGCUCGUCUUCCAGAGGUGUCCUUCUCGUCCCCUGCUGGCGACCUUCGCCUUCUCGGCCUGGUGGCACGGCCUCCAUCCGGGCCAGCUCUUUGGGUUUCUGUUCUGGGCUGUGAUGGUGGAAGCCGAUUACCGCAUCCAUCGCUUUUUCCAGCCUUUUGCCAAAUCGCAGCCUUGGCGGUUGGUGUAUCAGACCCUGACCUGGUGCCAGACGCAGCUGAUAGCAGCGUACAUUAUGCUCGCUAUUGAAAUGCGGAGUUUUGCCAUGCUUUGGCGGCUGUGUUCUUCUUACAACAGCUUCUUCCCACUAGUCUAUGUCGUUUCACUCCUACUGUUAGCAAAUAGAAGAGCGGGCAGCCCCGGUGUUGCCCCUCAAAUAUCCCGUCCUCCGUGGAGGGUUGAUAAAUGA